GGCACUACAUAGAAGACCAUGGGGAAACUCGGAAGUAUCUUUCUUUUGUGCCUUGGCGUUCUUCUAGUUCAUGUAAGAGGUCAACGUGAUUUUGAUUUAGCUGAUGCUCUUGAUCACCCAGAUGAUAUAAUUACCAGGAAGCCUACAGUGAUCAGAAGACCAACAAGGCCUGUGCUGAACAAUGACCUGCAUUUAGGAGAUGCUCUUGGUGGGGGUGACAUCCCACGACAACCUUUAUAUCCACCUCUCCCACCACGACCAGGAAGCUACAGUAAUUCUGGUGGUUUUGAUGACUCAGAUCUCAUUGAUGGGAAGCCUUUACCACCACAUGUAACAGGAGAAGAGGACCAUCAUUUCAAUCAUGGAGGAAACACAGAUUCAGGAUUAAUAGCUGGAGUUACAUCUCCUGUAAUUUCUGCUUUUGUAAUAUUAGUUGUUGGAUCAAUAGCAGCCUUCUCUGCUUACAAGAACAAGAAACUUUGUUUCAAACCACAGGGUGGGGCUACAGUGUAAACUGCUGAAAGAAGAGUUGCCCUCUGAUCACAAGCUCUUUCAGCUGGUGACAUUCAACCCAUAGAUCUGACAAUUUUUUCCUAUUUUAUCAUUCUAACAAAAGAAAAUCGUCUUCCAAUUAAUGUUUUGUUGAGACACUAAAAUGUUGGUCUCUUUUACCUGACAUCACUCUUUCACCUUGAGCUUUACUUCAUCAAAAACGUGCUUAAAACAUG